UAUCUUGUCAUUUGGUGCUCCACAAAGCAACACAUAUAAAAUAAUUGCUGAAGGUAGAGGCGAGAUGGUGUUUGAAACAAGUCAGGUAAUUAUAAAUAGACAGAUUUAGAUCGAGGACGCGGACGUCAAAGACGACGUGAAAAUGGCGUGUUGUGCCCAUGUAUGGAUAUGCCACGCCACUUUGACGCCAUUUUCACGUUGUCUUUGACGUCCGCGUCCUCGAUCUAAAUCUGUCUAUUAACUAAAGACAACUUGUAAUCAUUUAUCAUGCUGAAAUACUGUAUUAUGAAUUCCUCCUUCGCUGGCCGCAAUGAAUUGCCGAAUUUCGUAAGACAAGUAUGAAACUUCAGACUUGGAAGGAUUACGACCCCAUCAAGAACUACAUGCGUCCCUAUACAUAUACCUAUAUAUACGAAUGGAAAACAUGAAAUCCAUUUGACAACAAUAUAAAUGAAUAAAAAGGACAGCAUGCAGCUUUAUCCAUGGUCUGAUGUGCAUGUAUUUGUUGCGGUAAUGGUUCUUCAAUAAAUUUAGAAAGAUUGAAACUCUUUUUAACUUAUCUGUAAUUAUAAUGUUCAAUGUUCUUGGCAUAUUACGAUGUAUUUGCUAAAGGCCUAACAAGCUUUAUCAACCCGAGAUGAAAUAAAGUUGUCUAUCUAUCUAUUUAUUUUUACCACUUCCCAUCAGGGUAAUUUGAACAUGAACAUUGAUUGCCCGACAUAAAAUUCACUCGCCAACACGUCUAGUUUUGCCCUCGCAUAUAUAUUAACAUGCACAUUUUGUAGUAAGGAUUGAUUAAUCACCAUCCUAAGCUUGUGUUUUCCUUGACAAAUUCAAUUUAAGACUGUAACUUAAAGUUUUGAUUUCAGCUUAUAAAGAAUCAAAUACAUAAUGCUUAACUGCUCAACAUACUGUACACAAGCAAACAAUUUAGUGUUGUAAUUAAUUUCCGGCAAAACAAUUUGCCCGAUCGGAUAAUCAAAAGGCAACUUCUACUUGCUCGAAAUUAUUUUACUUGCCUCGGGCAAGCUGUCAUGCGCUAAGUUAUGUCGUGCACUGAUACUUUUCCAUGUGUAUACGUACAUAUAAAAAUACAGCCUUAAUGCACCCUCACCUUAGUCAAGAGAGGUGCUUCAAUGGAAAUUUAUCUUUUUUUAUAUAUUCAUAGGUUGUAGAAAUAGCAAAAUUGAUGAAAGCGUACAUCAACGAAAUUGUACGACGGCGCACCAGACAACAACAACUUCAAUAA